UAGUUGUUAAUCCGGUUCGAGGUGAACAAGACUCAAAAACAGAAAAAGAUAAUAAUGCUCUUCUUUACGGUGCGGGAGGAACCGGAAAAACUUCUAUUGUUAGAAAAUUGGCUUACUAUGCUAACCUUUAUCCGUUAAUUGAAAUAAAAGGUCCUGCACUUACACCCCGCAAAGAGGAUUACUCUAAUGGAAUUGACCCUUUAAACAAAUUUAUUUUUACCCUCUGUGAUAUAGAAAAUAACUUGGAAGAUAACUAUAACUUUGCACGAGAAACUAAUGGCGAAAUUCGUUAUAUACUCUUUGUGGAUGAAGCAGAUAAUGUUUGUUCUAAUACUGCUUUGCCUACUGAGUAUACUAAACUAAUAUUCUUAAAGUCUUGUAUGGAAGGAAUAAAAAAAGAAGCCCAAAGUCAGAAUUUAUGGGUAUUUGCUACUAACUAUUUACACCUAAUAGAUAAGCCUGUUUAUCGUCCAGGAAGAUUAAAUACUUUGAAUGAAGAAGAUAAUAAAAAAUUUAUAACUAAUUCUGAUACAAAGGAGCAGUUGAAUGAAGAAAAGAAAAAGGAUGACAAAGGAAAUGAAAUUGUAAUUAAAAAAGGUAUUCAAGUGGGAGAAAUGUUAGAGUUUUUUUGGAGAUUGUUUGAUAGUAAACAAUUACCGCACUUCAAUGGCAAAUUUGAAAAUCCUAGAAAGCCUACUAAUGAGGAGGUUAUUCCAAAAAUCACUGAAGCAAUUGAU